UGAAAGCAAGGAAGGCCUUGGGUAUAAAUGGGCUUCUUUUCCUGCAUAAGAGACGUUAGGCAGAGGGAGCUUAUGGACUGGUAGUUCUCCUAAGUGGUGUGAUUCAGAGGCCUCUAACAGAUACAUACAGAGCAGCAUGAUGAACUGGAGAAGGGGGAGAGGGUCAUUCUCAUCCUGGCUACUUGUUGUGGUGCUGCUAGCUCUGAGAGAGAUCCAGACAGCCCACCACAAACAUGAGAUGAAACACACUGCAGUGGGCACGUCCCGAACUCUCGUGGAUCUCAUUACUGUUGGCAUCAUUGAUGACGUUCAGUGGGCUUCCUAUUACAAAUCAAACCAUCAGAUUGUGGUGAAGGCAGCCUGGAUCACUGAGGCUGUGGGAAUGAACUUAAUUGAGGAGAUGAGACAUUUGAUGCAGAACCACGAGGGAGAUUUCCAGUCUGUCAUCCACUACUUGACAAGAAAUGACACCAAGACUGAGAGGAAUCACACAUUGCAGAUUCAUUUUGAUUGUGAAUUAGAUGGCAAUAUCCAGUUGAGCAGCCUCAUAAAGUAUGGCCUGGAUGGAGAAGAUUUGAUCCAGAUAGACAAGCUAGAAGGACACUGGGUGGUUCUGAAUCCUAGCGCUCACAGCUUCAAAUUAAUUUUGGAAAAUGCUUUCUCGACUGAAAUGAGAAAACUUUACAAUCAGAAAUAUUGUGUUGGAGCCAUGCAGAAAAUCCUUCAGAAUUCAAGCAUGAAAGAGAAUCUGCCACCUGAAGUGUAUGUGUCCCGCCGAGAUUUCCCCAAUGGCACUAUUAGCUUCUCCUGCACAGCCACAGGCUUCUACCCACGAUCCAUCCUGCUGCACUGGAAGAAGGGUAUUGAGGGUGCUAUAUGGGGGAAAGAGAGCUCCAGCGGCACCCUGCCUAAUUCUGAUGACACCUUCUAUCUCCGAAUCUCCCUGGAGAUCCCACCAGGAGACACAGGGACAGGUUAUGCCUGUGUGGUAGAUCACAGUCAGCUGGAGACACCAGCUGUGUACCCUGUCCCUGAGAAGCCCCCCCAGUGGAAUUUCUGGCCUGUUGCCUUGAGCAUCCUUCUAGCAGCCAUCCUGACGAUUAGCUGUUUUGUGGUCUUCACCAAAUGGAUGAAGAGAAAGUCAGGGUAGGAAGGAAGAAAUGGACAUGGGGAUCAUGGGGUGAGCUUAACCUAGGAAUCUGUUUCACAGGGAGAACUUCACAAGCUCAACCGGAAGUACCUUUUCCUUCUUCUGUUACUUCUGUUACUCAUCUUCAGUGAAGGAAUUCAGCAACCUAGAAGACUGACACCAAGGCAGUUGCCAUCUUCCUCGGCAGCCACCACAUUUUUGCCAGAGGGAUCAUUUGUUGCACACCUAACCGUAAUCCAAAUCCUAUCUAUAAGUGGCCUCUCUAUGUAGGAGACAAGUCUGAGAUGGGGAAUCCAAUGAACCUCCAACAAGUGUGAGAAACCCAAUGUACAGUCCAUCUCAACUUCCUUUGGUAAUGGGAAAGAUGAGACCCAGGUCACAAGUUGAAGUGAUAGACAAUGUCCCCUCAUGAAUUCAGAUGUGAAAUCAUUUGGAGAAUUUGAGUUUGAUAUGGAUUAUUGGUUUGUCAUUUAUGAUUUCUUUAAGGAUAAUGCUGUUUCCUUGUCUAGCUUUGCUUAUGCUGUACAAUUUUAUUUUUGCUUUGUCUGAUAGCAUGAUACAUUUUUUUUGUUUCACCUGAAGCAUAGUAUGCUUUUUUCAGCCUUUCCUGUAUUGUUCUUAUAGAUAUGUUUCUUGAAAGCAUGAGA